UUCCUCAGCUGCUAACGAAGGUCACAGAGCUACAACCACAGACUUGUGGUGAGGAACCCGAACCUCCAACCCUCCGCCGCGAACUGAAAGAUCUUCAUAGGGAAGCCAGCCCGCCACCACCAUAUUCUUCCAGUUCGGGGCCACAACUGCCCUGCUACGACACGGUGACCCGAAGUGAGGGCUCUGGUGCUGUUACCACCCUUGCUCCUAGUGAUGGCGUCUUUGUCAGGAGGUGUGAUUCCGCAUUCACGCCGUCAUGUCCCUCUACGACCUCCUCCCGCCAAUGCCUGACCCCUGACACCUCCACGACCUGCAAGGAUCGUUGCCUGCAGACCCAGAGAGAGUGCCUCACCUGGACCUUGACCAGCCUAGCAGGUCGCCUGUAUGCGCCCUUUUUACAGCGAACCUUCGUCAAG